ACACGUCAAUACCAAUAGCUAGAGCUAGCUUCUUGGAGAAGCCAUGCAACGUUCACCAGCUAAUUUGUCCAAGAACUUUGCUCGUAAAUUCCUUAAUCCCGGCGGUCGGAACCCAAUCCGAACAAUACUAAGCCCAUCAUGCGCUGUGUUCUUAAACCACCGGGGAGAUGAUACGAGGAAAACUCUUGCUGGGUUGCUCUACGACCACCUUUUCAGGUUGAGGCUUAGGCCUUUCCUCGACAGUCGAAACAUGAAACCUGGGGACAAACUGUUCGACCAGAUCGAUAUCGCUAUCCGAAAUUGUAAGGUUGGCGUUGCUUUGUUCUCGCCCCGAUAUUGUGAGUCCAAGUUUUGUCUCUAUGAAUUGGCUCUGAUCAUGGAAUCCAAGAAAAGAGUUAUACCCAUAUUUUGGGACGUAAAACCAUCCCAGCUAUUGGUGAAGGACAAUGGAACUUGUUCGGUGGAGGAGCUUCAGAGAUUCAGCUUGGCACUCGAAGAAGCUAAAUAUACCGUAGGACUUGCUUUCGAUUCAUCAACAGGGGAUUGGUCAGAGUUCCUAAGAAGGGCUUCCCAUGCAAUCAUAGAGAAUUUACUCGAGGUAGGUGGGGAUCAACGAUAUUGGGAGAAGAAUUUUAAAAAUCAAGCACUCGGCCAAGAGUUGAAGUUUAAUCCACUUUUCAUACCACAAAAACUAAAUCAAGAUCUCAUCGAUAAAUAUAACUAAACUUUGUAUCUAUGAUCAAGAAAUUAAUCAAUAAUAUUAAUGGUUCACGACUAAAUUCGAUUAUCAAAUUCAUGUAAAAAUAUAUCUUGUUCAUGUGAAUAUAUAAUAUGUGUAUAUAAAAGAUCAUAUUGUACAUGAUCAUUUUAGGCUAUUGUAUCUUUCACGUGGAUUAUCAUGCAUCGGGGUGGC